UUGAUCUACAUGAGGAAUUUUAUUCUUUGGUGCUACAUAAAAUAUAACGUUUCAAAAAUUUCAUUUUGAAUAAAACUCGACAGUUAUUUUAAAUAUUUAAAAAAAAUGCACAAAAAAAAUACUUUCAAUAAGAAAGAACAAAAGCUGUCAAAAAACGUCAAAUAUUUAUUUAAACAUUCUGAUAGGUUUUUUUAUUCAUUAAAAAUUUUCCAAAUAGUAAUAGGAAUUUAAUUUUUAUACAAAAAAAUUAUCCUAACUUUUUUGUCCAAGUAUUUGUCGAAACCAAGGUAUUUACUUGUGGUUUAAUUUUUUUUUCUUCAAGGUCUUCCAAAUGCCGGAUUCGAUUUUUCAGUUUUAAUUACCAAUAAGUUCCGAUUUGUGUGAUUAUUUUAUCAGGGCGUGAAUUAUUUUAACAGCAAUUAUUGGUAUGAGUAUCAGUUCUAGUGAUUCGCGCUUGUUUAUUGUAAGCCACCAUAAGAGGAAAUCACUUUUUUAAAUAAAUAGGUAUAGUUUUGGUAUAAAAGCCACAAGUUCAUAAACCUCUUGCCAUAAACCAAGUUGAUCACUUGCCAUAAAAUGAAAUACCUCUUCGUAAUCGCCCUCAUCGUCCUGGCUAUCCAGUUGGCCUCGGCAGCUACAACCAGCGAUGCCACCACAACGACAACCACCGCCGCAACAACGACGACUACAACGACAACGACGGAUUCUUCCACCACCACAACCACCGAAUCGUCCUCCACUGGAACCAAGCGCUGCUCCAAGAGCAAUAACUGGUGUGGCACAUUCAGGCCCAAGAAGAAGUGCAAGCACCCCAAGAGGUGCCACAAGACUAUUGUGAUAGUGACUCACAAAAAGAACUGAUAAAGCAUUAGGAAUUCUUUUCAAUAAAACCAAAAUUUUAAAACUAA